UUCGACCUAUAGAGGAGCAGCGCUGUAGAUUGUUUGUCAAUAUCUUCGAGUUAGUUGAUUUUUACCAAGUUUUAUGUGUAAAGCAACCGUUUUACAAUAACACAAAACAUAAAAAAGAUGUCCUGACUGUAAAUGUGUCAGAGUGUCUAGUGUAUGUGUAUAAGACAUAUUGAUAAUACUGACAAGGAGAACAUCGUAUAUGUGGAAUAAUGCUACUUUUAUAUGCAAGUGAAGAAUUCCAUCUGUUUCAUUAGAGAAAAGAAUGUUUGGAACCUUUAUACCAUAAAUGGUAUUUGAACUUUUCACAAUUAAGGUUUUAUUAUUUAUACAUUACCCCAUGGAUAUUUAAUAUAAGUUUUUGAAGUGGAAAAGCAAGCAUUUGUAAUACAAUAACAAAAAACGACGGAUAACCGUUACUGUACAAAAAGUUCCAUAAAUUGGUACUUUUAAUCGAUAUACUUUAAAACAUGUACAUCAGAAUGUCACAACAAACAGAUAUGUAUGGCUUAUAUAGCAAAGAUGAAUACAUCCGACAAUUGUGUAUCUUGUUUAGUUGAUGCACAAAAUAUCUUAGGCAAUUGUCCAUUUUCUUUAUUGCAUAUCUUUAUUCCUGCUCUUUUAGAGCAUUCUCAUUGUCAUAAAGUAUACAGUGUUCACAAAAUCACUUUUAAUGAGGCUGAAAGCACGUACAGGAAGGCUAACUCUCUUUUGAGAAGGUACAGUGUUUUACAACUGACUUUCAUGAACAAUGAACCAUUCGGGAAGUGGAAAACGUCAGGCGAAGGUUUUGGAAGAAAACUAUUGGGACUGCAGUGUUUGCACAUAUAGAAAUACAGCAGAAGCAUUUAAGUGCCUCAUGUGUGACGUCCGUAAAGGAACUUCUACGCGGAAACCCCGUAUUAAUCCCCAACUUGUGGCACAACAGGUUGCACAGCAACAAUAUGUACCACUUUUGAAACCUGGAAAGAAGGAAGGUGGAAGUGGGGGUAGUACAACUAGUAGCGGUAAAGAAAAAGAUCGUAAAUUGGACAAACCAAGGCGUAAAAAUAGGCAUCCACCUCGUCUAAAAAAUAUAGAUCGUAGUACGGCUCAGACCAAUGAAGUGACAGUGAACAAUGUUACUGUCGUUAUUACUGAAUAUAAGCCCAAAGUGAAAAAAAGUUCAGAUCAAUCUGGUUUGUCUAGCAGUGCUUCUUCUGAAAAUGGAAGUCAGCAUGAUUCUAAUCAAGACUCCAGAAGUCUGGAUAUAGGAACAGAUGCUUAGUUCAGUGCUGUAACACAUAUGUGUUACGUAACAUUCAAUGAGGUCAGAUGUUUUAUGCUAUCAGUGGAAUCAUUAAAUUAUGUCUUCAGUAUAACGUAAGAAAUAUGUUGUAUAUUGUUGCUACAUACUGACAUAAAAAAAAUUGUUUCAUAACAGUAAUCUUGACAUCUAAAAGCAACAACAAAAGUUAGUUAAUUUUAUUUAUUUCAUAGAUUGAUAAUAUUCUAAAUUGAUCUUUAAUAUUUAAUUACAUAUUUUAGAUAAUUUUAUUUGUGCAACUUCGGAUAUUACGUAUUACUCUAUUUAUAUAAUAUCAAUUGUAACAAAUGCAUUAUAUGCCUUAAUAUGGCAAAUGGAAUUUGAUACACCUAUUGUUGACAUAACAAUGUCCACAUGACUUUCAUUGAAUCUAUGACGCCACUGCCAGAAAGCAUGUUGUAAGAUUAUUGUUAAUUAGAAUAUUUUGACUCAUUUAUGUAUAAUAUGAAGUAUUUAUCUUGUUUAUUUAAUAAUUGCUGUGACGAAGAACUAAGAAACUGGCAUUGGUACGUAUAUACCUUUAUCCCAUUCCAAAUUCGAUCUGUUCCAAGCUUUACACUUUAAUAGCAGUUAAUUUCACUAACACAGAAAUUUUUGAUUUAUAUACAUAAAUUAUUAUGUGUAUGUAUGUAUAUAUAUAUAUAUAUAUAUAUAUAUAUACAUAAAAAAAUAUGCAAUUAAAUUACAUAACAUACUACAAAUAUAAUUAUAAAUUGAAAUAGGUAUUACAUGGUUUGAUAUAUAUUUUAGAUAAUAUCUGAAUUUGUAACAAAGAAUUUUAUUAAUUUUGGUUGCUCACUAUUCUCGUUAUGAAACACGACAAAUGUAACUUUUAUGUACUUCUUAUAUUGCCUCCAUACUUUAGUAGUAUUAGGAUAUAUAGAUUCAAUAUAAUAUUACUCGAAAAUAUUUGACCAAUUUACUAAAUAUUAAUUUCUUUAUGUAGUAAAAUCACAAAUAUUGGAACAAUAUUACAAAAGACUAUCGUUUUUCUAUUACUGGUACUACAGCAGAGCAUAAAAGCUGCAAAGCUAGCUCAUAUUAGUAACUGCCCAAUCACUUGUAACUGUGAUUUAUAGUUCUUUUUAUAUUUAUUUUUACAUAUUUUACGUUACCAGAUAAGAAAUAGCAUUAUCGAAUUGACUCAUACAAAAUUUAUUGUGACUAUAAGGACCAUAAACAAUAUGAUUAUUUCAUAUGUAAUGGAAAGAUAUUAACAUGCUAUACAACCAAUUCUUUUUAAAUCCAUGUAAAAUAUUUGUAUGCUAGUUAGACUGAACUAUAAAAUGUAAUUUGUCAUUAAAGUUAAUAUUCUUUAUCAUAAACAUGAAAGUAUGAGUAAACAUGAAAUACUUUUACAAACAUUUAUACAUAUUCAGGUACCAAAAAAUUAUAUAAUCAUGCAAUGUUUUAAAGAGUUUAUAACAUAGAAAAAUGAAAUUGUAGUGGCUAUUUCUCAAUUGUUUUCCAUAAAUGUCAUCAAUUUUAUAAACUUUACAAGAUGAAUGUAAAAUUUGCGUUUAAUAUUUAUAAAUUAAAUGUAUUUGUAAAUCAUUUUAAUUUACUUCAGAUAAAAAAUUAAAAAUAUUUUUAAUCACAUUAUCAUCGUGAAGAUAAUGUAUUUUUAAUCCUUUUACAAUUACAGCACAUGCUUUAUACUUUAUAAUGUACAACUUCAAAGUCCAUAUUUCCAACUACUGGAAUCGUUCAUUGAUUUAAAAAUCGAUAUUUUUUAAUAGUUUAGUAAAUAUUAUGAUAUUUCUAUAUUGGAUCAAUUCAAAUCAAAAAUUUGUACCAAUUGUCUUCAAUGUGUAAAAAUAUGUUAAAAUAAAAUUGGAUUUGUGUGUGUUGUAAAUUAUUAGAACAGAAUUACAUACUAUGUUGUACAGAUUGUAAAACUUUCGAAAAAUACUGUUGAAAUUAACAAUAUAUUAUUACGAAGAAAAAAUAAAUUACACGUUUUAAGAAGAAAAAGUAUAACUUUUAGUUUAGUCUUUCAAAUAUGUGUGUUCCUUUUAUUUAUGUCAAAACAAUAUACAAGUAAAAAGUAGCACAAGUACCUAUGGAUUUACAAUCUUUGAAUAUCUUCCUGUCCAUAUAAUUUGUAAUCUUUA